AUGUCAGGACUUAUUGGGCGACGAAUGCUCUCGAAAGCAGAGGAGGAGGGAAGUGAGGAGGUCGAGGUUCGCCGCGAGGACCAGGAUAAGAUCAACAAGUUCAGCAGGCUGCACCAGCGCGAGAUCCUCUUCCAAGAAGAGCUAGAAGCAAAAAGCAAAGAAAAGGAAGAUCUAGACGAUUUAUCGGUGGAGCUUGAGCUGGCAGACGAGGACGAGAAGAUCCCGUAUAAAAUCGGCGACUCCUUCUUCCAUCUCUCCUUGGAGCAUGCCCAGGAGAUGCUGGGUUCGACGACAUCUCGAAUCGAGGAGGAGACGAGCGAACUAGAGGAAAAGCUUGGGUCGGUACGGGAAGAGAUGAAGGAGCUGAAGGUUCAGCUGUAUGCGAGGUUUGGGAAGCAAAUCAAUCUUGAGACAUGA